CGAGCCCUUUUGCCGCGGGUGGAGGGGACGGCGGCGACUCCGGGUACGACGAGCAGCUCCGUCGAAUUCAGGUGCAGCUGCGGGACAGGCAUAAUCAGUACGCCCUGUCUGAAACUGCUGCCGGGAGAGGAGUGGGCUUGGAAGGGGACAAGAGGUGGGCAGUGUGUAUUUACAGGAACGCUUGCUUUCCAACACAUGAACUUGCCAUGUCUUCCUAGUGCAGGAGUCAACUUGGUGUCAUUUUGAAAGAUUGAAACGAAGAGGAUGGAAUUGGAGAGAAAAAUGCUGGAAUAUAGUAAACCUGAUGUCUACUUAUCUAAGUUGAAACACAUGAAGCUUAAAAAAUACUUGAAAGAAAUAUGUGAGCGUCAGAAAAAAUCUCUGCUUCGAAACCAAGAUUUGUUGAAGGAAUUUGAUUGUAUUGAAGCUCAUAUUAGAAAGUUUGCUUCAAGUUCCGAGUCUCUUCAAAAGCUGAAGGCAGAAUAUGAAAGACAAAUUAAAAGCAGGCUGGCACUUCAGAAAAAUAGUUUAUUAAAAGAUGACGGGAAAGAUAAUGUUAAGCAGCUGAUGAUGGCAGAAGCCAGCCAGACAGGAAUUAACACCAGGACAGCUAUGUCAAGAGGACUGUAUCACACGGCAACCAUCUUUAUGGGCCGCCAAAUGUCAGCUGUCUCAAGCGCUGAAGAUUUCUCUGCGCUGCAGAAAUCUUCCCAGCUCACAAAGAGCUUUUCAAUUUCUAACCCACAUCCAUAUAGACAACCAUCACAUAACAGCAGUGUGACAGACAGCUGUGUAGUACAAACUAAUAAUGAUCUACAGCGCUCAAAUCAGUCUGACAAAACAGAUGGGAAGGCAUAUCUGGUAGCGGAUGCUGAAAUGCCAGUCAUACCCAGCAUCUCAUCUGAGAAUCGGAGAGCUUGCUUCGUAACAGUUGAACACAAGGCAAAUAAUUGCGGUAGUAAUUUAGUGGAAAGCAAAAUGUCUCCUGAAGUUAACUCCCUGUUACAUGGAAGAUUAAGUCCUGAGAACAGAGCUGCUGGUUUCAAAAGUGACAGUUCCUGCAGAUCUGUGAAAGGAGCACUGACAGAUGAGCACUCUGGACUAAAUGAACAGGGAUCUAAAAGGCCAAUCUUGCUGGCGUUUCAACCUGAGCAAGCGGUUUCUGGAAAUGAGCACUCAAGAGAGAAAUGCCCAGGUCCAGCUCCUCUUUGUGGAAUUCACACUUGGACAGUUUCACUGGCAGGUGGUUGUCCCUCAGGGUUUUUAAUACCUGCUGCACUAGUUUCACAUGGGACUUGUAAUCUUGUGAAUACAUCAACUCGUCAUCAAGCUCUGGGGGAGAGUCUGCAGUUUGCCAGCGGUACACAAGAGGAGGAAGAUGAAAGUUUAGACGAAAGCAGUGAUCUCACUGUUUCUUUGAAUGAGGAUGAUGAAGAGGAGGAGUCUUGGAAGCAGCAGAAAAACUUAUGGGAUAUAGGCAGCAAGGCCUUUUUAGACAUCGGUGAUGCAACACACAAAAAGGAAGCCUCACCUAAAGAACGACAUACAUGCGGUCGUACUUCAAGCACAGAUGCAUCUGCUGGUCCCCCAGUCAGGGAAUGUCUGUCCUUUGAAGGAUUCUCUUAUGUGCUGCAGUACAUAGAAGAGAUGACAGCCAAAGCAGCUUCUGAAUGCCUGACAUUAUACAAGAGCAAACCUGUGAACUCAGAAGAACUGGAGACCCUUACAAGCAUCUGUAAUCAAACCGGCAGCUUGGAACAAGAAGACCUUGAGGGAUGUGAAGCACUUGUCCUUCAUCAGCUUCAGAGAUUAUUACAAAGCACAGUGAAUAGAUGCCUUUUACCAGAGGAAGCGCUUAAUGAAAAAAGUGGGAUGCUGGGUGAAAAACAAGUCAGGCCUGAAUUGUCAUCUUUCUUUGCAAUGAUAUGGGAACGUUUAAAUGAGCAUGUCUUAUUCUUGAAAAAACACAAUGUUUCACUCACACAAGAAGUGAAAGACAUGUUGGGUACCUUAUUGAUUUUGGAGAGAAAUAAGCAAGAUGGCCUGGUUACACCAUUAUUGAAAGAUAACGGUCCAGAAGAAUAUGAAGAUGAAUCAUCUGUUUGCAGUAACGUAACAUCUUGUAGUUCACAGACAAACAAAAUCAAAAUAAAGCGAGAAAAGCUUGCACAGUUGCUUGACAGUAAUGGUGCGAGGGAACAUGAAGUCACAAACUGGUGUGAAGAUGAGAGCAAGGAAGAAGGCCUGGUGGAAAAGAUUCCUAUUACAGGUUUAAAUAUUGAUGGACGUAGCUUAAAGGAAGAGAAAAGAAAUGCAACCAGUUCAGAAGCUAGUUUUUCAUCUCGGGAAAGAAGAAGCCCUUUGUCAAGGGAUGAAAAUCAAAAGGGAGUGGUAACUACAAUAAAAUCAAAAGCCUUUUGGGGUGAUUCUGAUGACAGCAAUUCUGAUAUUGAAGCAGCUCUGCGUCCUCAAGUACACUGCUCACCUGAAGAUGACUUUAAUGACUUUUAUGAUUGAGGAGGGCUAUGAGUUCUGUGCAUACAUGUGACAAACACUUCUCUACUUCAAGUUGCUCCCCUAAGCGGUGCCCCCCCUCGAGUUCCAAACACAUGUUUGCAGAUGGGUGUAAUGUGUAGCUCUGUGGUGAGAAACUUAAGAAUUGGCUCUUGCUCUCAUAAACAUGUUUGAAAAUCACUACAAGGAAGGAAGCAUGGAGUAGGGAAAAGGUUAAGUGCUCCUUUCCUCUUCUGCUCCUCCUUUCUCCCUUUGGAAAUGGCUUUUCUUGUUCUAAAGGGGUCAUUGGGUGACUGUUACAUGCAUUUGCCUAUAGUGUUUAGCUUGGCCUUGACUUUGCUGGCAGUUUGGAUGUGGGAGUCAACAGUGUGAUUUCACAAAUCACACAUUCAUAUAUACCCGGGCCAGUAUUUCUAUCAUCCACAGAACAUUCUCAUGUAGUGGACCUCUAUCAUGACUCUUCUGUAAUAAAUCUUACACUUGGCAACCUA